AGCGACAGCCUCCUUGAACCGCUAGCUAGCUGCACAAGGUGCGGCAGAGACGGGACACCAGCAUCGCGGUUGACGCGGUUAUUAUUGUUGUUAUUUUUUACUCUGCGUUUCACAGCACAAACCAAUAGUAGAUGUAGAUAUUUUGAAUCUGCAAUGUUAGAGUAGUUUAGUAGAUUUCCCACAACGAUAAGCUAAAGAUAAGCAGGGUCACACAACAGCUUCACCCUCAGCUGGAAAAACAGCGAAGCUAACGCUAGAUAGCUAAUGCUUGGAUAGCUAGCGGACUGGACUAGCUCAAACGCUGAUUUGACCGAGCAGGUUUUUAUUAACGCCAGUGUCGCAAUGGCUGAUGUUGACAAGCUCAACAUAGACAGUAUCAUCCAACGUCUUUUAGAAGUCAGAGGAGCAAAACCUGGCAAAAAUGUGCAGCUCCAGGAGAAUGAGAUCCGUGGAUUAUGCCUCAAGUCCAGGGAGAUCUUUCUCAGUCAGCCCAUUCUCCUGGAGCUCGAAGCUCCUCUCAAGAUAUGUGGAGACAUCCAUGGGCAAUACUAUGACCUGCUAAGGCUGUUUGAGUACGGAGGCUUCCCUCCAGAGAGUAACUACCUGUUUCUGGGAGACUAUGUGGACAGGGGGAAGCAGUCUCUGGAAACCAUCUGUCUUCUGCUGGCAUACAAAAUCAAAUACCCUGAGAACUUCUUCCUGCUGAGGGGAAACCACGAGUGUGCUUCAAUCAACAGAAUAUAUGGUUUCUAUGAUGAGUGUAAACGAAGGUACAACAUCAAACUGUGGAAGACGUUCACAGAUUGUUUCAACUGCCUCCCAAUUGCCGCCAUUGUUGAUGAGAAGAUCUUUUGCUGCCACGGAGGACUGUCACCUGACCUUCAGUCCAUGGAGCAGAUCAGACGCAUCAUGCGCCCCACUGAUGUGCCGGACCAGGGUCUGCUGUGUGAUCUGCUGUGGUCUGAUCCAGAUAAGGAUGUGCUGGGCUGGGGAGAGAACGACAGAGGCGUAUCAUUUACCUUUGGCUCAGAGGUGGUGGCCAAAUUCCUACAUAAACAUGAUCUGGAUCUGAUCUGCCGUGCCCAUCAGGUUGUUGAGGAUGGCUAUGAAUUUUUUGCAAAGAGGCAGCUUGUCACUUUGUUCUCCGCUCCUAACUAUUGUGGGGAGUUUGACAACGCUGGCGCCAUGAUGAGUGUGGAUGAGACCCUCAUGUGCUCUUUUCAGAUUUUGAAACCAGCUGAGAAGAAGAAGCCCAACGGCAGCCGUCCUGUGACUCCACCACGUAACAUGGUGACCAAGCAAGCCAAGAAAUGAGGGCCCAAAUGCGGAGUCUCACUCCUCUGUUCUGCUUUCAUCUUUCUGCAUUUGAGGGAUUUGUUCUCCUUCGUGCUGCCAAUGCUGAAAAGAUAUCCACUCCUACACGAUGAAAGCAAAAUAUUUUUGUUGUUUUGUCCACGGGGGUAAAUUGAUAUGUCACCAUGAAAACCUCAGGUGUUUUUGCACUCCAUUUUGCAGCUAGUAUUUGCCACAUAUGACUGUUCAAUCAGGAAAAAUGUAAUAAUAUGGCUAAUUAUGCACAGGAAUGCCUUGUUUGAAGCUGUGCACAAUUUUUCCAGUUUUUUUGUUGUUUUUGUUUUCAUGUCCUAAUCGUGUGUCAUCUUCUCCUCACUGUCUGUACUGAGGAAAUAAUAGUUAUAAAACCUAUGGGAAAAGUCACAAACACCUGUUUACUUCUGUAAAAAAAUUAUCUACAGUUAAUUUGCAGUCGUGUCGUAGAACAUUGACUCCACAAUGCAUCAUUACAUUUUUAAACAAGUAUUGUGCUAAAUUAAAUGAUUAAAAAGCACUCUUGUAAUGUUUAAAUCUUUCUAAUAAACUUUUGAGUGUAUUUUAGGGGGA